CCCUGGAGAGCUUUGCGGCCCUCCACAAAGCCCCCCGACAGCUACAAGGGAACGCAACCCUUCGCGCAAGGGACAGAGGAGAGCAGCCCAAGAGGAGAGGACCCCCCCGGAGGCCGAUCGAUGGGUUCUGCAGGGGGCAUCUGCCACCGCAUCAUGACGACGGGGGAGGCGGCAUCCGCUGACCCGGCCCCCGGAGAACCGGUGCUGGAGACCUUGGUGACCUGCAAACUCUGCCUGUGUGAGCAUCCCCGGGGCCAGAUGACGAGGCUGAGGGAAUGCCAGUGCUCUUUUUGCACAGAGUGCCUCCAACAGUACCUGCGGUUGGCGAUUCGAGAAGGCUGUGGGUCACCUAUCACUUGUCCGGACCUGGUGUGCCUCAACCAAGGGACACUGCAGGAUGCCGAGAUCGCUUCCCUAGUGCCCACUGACCAGUUUCAACUCUACCAAAGGCUGAAGUUUGAACGAGAGAUCCAUCUGGACCCUUGCCGGACAUGGUGUCCAGCCGCUGACUGCCAAACGGUCUGCCUCGUCGGACCCAGCGACAUGGGACUGCCCGUCCCCGUAGACUGCCCGACUUGCCAUCUCAAAUUCUGCUCCUCCUGCAAGGACGCCUGGCAUUCGGAGCCCCCCUGUCGCGAUAGCCAGCCCGUGGGAAUCCCGACGGAGCGAGGUGCCCUGAUAGGUACGGACCCAGAAGCCCCGAUUAAACAGUGUCCAGUGUGUCGGAUCUAUAUCGAACGCAACGCAGGGUGUGCUCAGAUGAUGUGCAAGAACUGCAAGCACACGUUUUGCUGGUACUGCCUCCAGAACUUGGACAAUGACAUUUUCCUCAGACACUACGACAAAGGGCCCUGCAGAAAUAAACUCGGCCAUUCCAGAGCCUCAGUGAUGUGGAACCGAACACAGGUGGUGGGGAUUCUGGUGGGAUUGGGAAUCAUCGCCUUGGUGACCUCUCCGCUGCUGCUCCUGGCCUCCCCUUGCAUCAUCUGCUGUGUCUGCAAGUCCUGUCGGAGCCGGAAGCAGAAACACGAUCCACCCACCACCUAG